AACAUCUCAACUUCGAUCUCUUUUAUAAUCUCUUAGCAAUCGUUCGUUCGUUCGUAAUAAAAGAAGAAAUGGCAAUGAGGUUCUCAUCAGUUACUAAUCUCGUGCUUCUCUCUGCAGCUACGUUUCUUUUGGUCCACGCAAGUGCUCGCAAUUUGCAGCAAACUCAGACUCUGCCUCUCGGAGGAGUCGCUGCUCCUACCAAAGCUGAGUCUCCUACCGUUGAUGCCCCUCUCGACGAUCAGAAGAACUUCAUCUACGGUGCCGGAAUCGGCGGUGCUGCCGGAGUUGGCGGAUUCUUUGGCAUGCCUGGUGGUGGCACUGGCACUGGCAUGACAUUGCCACUCCCGUCUGGGACGCCGCUUCUUGGUGGGGCUGGUGGUGCGUUUGGUGGUUUGGGCGGUGCAAUGGGAUUCCCUGGUGGACUUGGUGGUGGAUCUAGUGGUGGUGGUGUUCCGAGCUUAAGCGGUGGUUCUCCUUAAGAGAUACUAUCAAGAUGAUUGUUUCCGAUGUACUAGUUCCAAGAUGUUCUGAAAGUAGUGUUUUGUUUCGUUGUGUUUGAAUUAGGAUCGUUGAUGGCGUUUCUCUGUUUCUUCUCUGUCUUUUGGUUGUCUUUUUCAUCAUCAGUUUAUGUUUUAAUGCUGUGUUUGUGUUUCCUGUUCGUGAUUUCUUCAAUAAUAUUUGGUUUUGUUUGAA